AUGCCCAACACGAAGUACCUGGGAGAUGCUACCCAGGCCGACUGGGUUUCCUCCGGCAGUCCCUUGGAAUACAACAACUCGGUGCUGCUGACUAUGGCCGAGGGAACAGUGGGCACACUGCUAACUAGCACGCAUUUCGUAUGGUAUGGCAAGGUCGGUGCCAGGUUUGCCACUUCUGCUGGUGCUGGUGUGGUCACUGCGUUCAUCCUGCUCGGUAACUCCAAGGACGAAAUCGAUUUCGAGUUCGUCGGGACGCAGUUGACAAGUGCCCAAACAAACUUCUACUCUCAGGGUGUACCAGUCUAUACCAAUGGCGGCAACACUACCGGUCUUUCAGAUGUUCAUGCAAACUUCCACGACUAUGAAAUUGACUGGCAACCCGACAGCAUUACUUGGUCCAUCGACGGCAAUACAGUCCGCACCUUGAACCGCGAAGACACCUGGAAUGCGACGGCAAACCGAUACUACUACCCUCAAACCCCGUGCCAAGUGCAGCUGUCCCUGUGGCCCGGCGGUCUCCCAUCCAACGGCGAAGGAACCAUUGAAUGGGCGGGAGGUCUUGUGCAAUGGGACUCGCCGUACAUGACCAACGGCUACUAUUACGCCCAGUUCGACUCGGUCUCGGUGCAGUGCUACGAUCCACCUGCCGGUGCGAACGUGCAAGGCACCAAGUCUUACAUCUUCACUGACGCGGCCAUGACCAACAACACUGUCGAAGUGACCAAUGACAAUACCGUGCUGAAAUCAUUCCUCGGUACCGGCACCAACAUGUCCGCCGGCUAUCCCAGUGGCAGCGCCAGCUCAAGUGGCUCGUCCAAGACAAGCGAGCCGGCCACUAUUCCCGGUCUUUCUGGCGUGGGCACUGGCACCAACGGCGGCCGUGGCGACAACACCACGAGUAGCAGUGGAAACGACAGCGGCAGUUCAGGAUCGGGAGAUAACAGCGCCAGCGCCACCGGAGCGGCCUCGACGGGGUUCGUGCAAGGUGAUGGGGGAGACUCUUCCAAUGGUGCGGGCCAGAUUGGCGGCAACAGUGAAACUGUGCUCAAGGGAAGUCUGCUUGCGGUUGUUAUUGCCGUUGUUGGGUUGUGCAUUUUGUAA